CCCGCUGGCUCUGGGGUCUCUCCCCAGGGAGGCCGCCCUGGAGGUGGCAGCGCGGUACUGCCGCGACGAGAUGGAGCAGUACGGGCGCUGUGUCGCCUCCAGCCCCACCACCUGGCAGCAAGACUGUGACCAGCUUAAGCUCAACAUAUCCCGCUGCGCCUCCUCCCACCCCAUCGUGCAGAAGAUCCGCCACGACUGUGCCGAGCCCUUCACUGCAUUUGAACAGUGCUUGAAACAGAACCAGGCCUCCGUCAUGAACUGCACAGAACACAUUAACCAGUUUCUGAUUUGUGCCGAUCAGGUGAAGCUGACAACUUAAGGUGAAUGAAGUGUCAGCUGGAAACUUGAAAGCCUCUAUUCAUCUCUAGCAGAGGCAGUCUACCUCUUCUCCAGCCCUAGAGAUUGCUUCCUGGAGUCAGAUUGGAGACCAGAGGGCCAGCUGUAACCAUGGUUCUUGCAAUAGUGACACUUGACUGCGAAAAGCCAGAGUGACCAGAUAACAUGUUUCACCCAAGUCUCCAAUUAAGUAGCAGAUGGUAAUGACAGUCACCAUGAGCUUGAGCUGACAGCCAUGUGAUGAAAACCAUGAACACUGUUGCCAAUCCCUUGAGCCAUCUUGGUUGCUGCCAUGAGCCUAUGACUUCAAUCUCACUUACAAUCUGGAGUAAUGUACAUCAAGCUUUUGCAGUAGAAUCUGCUACUUGACUUCUCUCAGCACUUUCUUUCAAAGGAUUUGGGCUUUGAUGGAGCAGUAUAAAAAUCAUCUUGUUAAUUUUGUGGAAACUCCUAGAAAGCUGCAGAAUUACUUAUCAGCUGUCUGUAAACGCUAUAACUUCAGGACUAGAGUUUCACAUAUUGCAAAACCACUGACUCAUUUCCUGCUGUCUUUCCACAGGGAACAUGGAACACCUUCACCUUCAGGAAUGAGACCAGCUUUCCUAGCUGUGGGGCAGUACCUGGCACAAAACAGAAUGUGGUACAAGACUCCAUGCUCUGGCUUCCCUCCGUUUCCAGCCACAUGCACCUGAACAGUUGGAUUCCCAGCUGGAAACAUUCUGAUGUCAGAAUUUGCCAGGGUGCUGUUAGUGCCACUUCUUCUCUCUGCUCUCACACAGCCCUAAACAGCACCAUUAAUUAAUCAAUCAGCUACAGAAACUGUAAGAAAGAGACAAUAAAGGCUCAACUCUGCACUGAAAUUGAGACGGAUGGCUGAAAUUGACCCUUAACUUGUCCUGUUUACUGCAACGUAUUCUUUCCUACUCCCUACAAUAUUUGGGCACAGUGUUUCUGUACCCCAAUGAAUAAUUCAUAAAAACUAAAGAGCUGGCUCUAGCUUCCUCCUGAUGAUAUGGGGAACUGCUGUGAGAGUCUGGCUGACAGCACUGAAAUCCACGUGAUAAAUAAAGAGGGAGCAUCAA